UAGCGUCGCACGUAUUUGUUUUGUUUACGAACACCGGCCGAACACUUCUAGUUAGCGUAGCUAGCUAGCUACAAACUCCAUUUAGACGAACUGUUGGUGAAACUGUUACUGGAACAAAAUGAAGCCUGCGGUGGACGAGAUGUUUCCAGAAGGAGCGGGUCCCUACGUGGAUUUAGACGAGGCAGGAGGCAGCAGCGGCCUGCUGAUGGACCUGGCAGCCAAUGAAAAAGCAGUGCACUCGGAUUUCUUUAAUGAUUUUGAGGAUCUGUUCGAUGACGAUGACCUGCAGUGAUGACGGCGUCUCAACACCUGCGCCAUUCUGUCAACAUGUACGUAGAAGAAAUGAAGAAAACCGUCUUAUUCCCGCUGAACGUUCUCUUAUUUAUACAGCCUCUCUUGUAUAAGUCACUCGGCACCAUACUGAAAUAAAGCCUUUUUGUUUUCACUAAAAAAAAAA